AUGGCCCCAUCACUCAUGCACUUUGAUUCCGGCAUUGAUUCGAGAGAAGACAGCGAACGACCAAGAUCACAGCACGACCAGAAUGCGAUGCCUAGUAUCGACCAUGCAAAUAGGUCAAGCACAUACUCGUUACCUGAAGCGUUGCGUCGACCCAAACUGCCAGAGAUAUCUCAACCAAAACACUUUAUGCUUCCGGAGAUUUCGCAUACAGAUGGUGAUUUUGCCUUGAACCCAUUUCCAGAACACUUGAGAGUUGAGCUUCAAGAGUAUUGUGCAAGGCAACACUCCACCGUCCUUGGUAACGGCGUCACUCGGAAACGCCGAUCCACAAAGGACCUAUACACAACUGAGCGAGGGCGUCCAGCCUAUUUUCGAGCUACUCGAUCUGGUGAGAAGCUUCUUGCCGCCAGGUUUCAGUAUGGCGAUGAUGAGAUCACAAUUGUCAAAGAGCCACAUGGAACCACGGUCAAUGGCGGGAAAGCUGUCUUGCUUGUCAAACCUCACAAAAUCAAAGUGAAACGAGUCGAAGUCGAAGGCGUCCCACACAAAGUGACCAAAUACCAUGUGUGGAACUCGAGGAACGACGCCACCGCACGUGGAGAUCAAUUCGCAGAGAUCGAGAGGCUCAUUCUACACGACUCUGCCACUAUCUCGCGACCACGAGACGAAGCAGACGAUGACUCCGAUGCUGAAUAUGUACAUCCCGCCACGAAUAUUAACCCAAUGAGACGACCUACUGGUGCUGACGACCAGAUCGGUCCUCGUUCAACCAGUCAAGGAGAGCUUGAUGGUUUCGAGCUGAUGGAAAAUGAUGGCUUGUAUGCCUUUCCUGCAUAUCUCAAAGACAAUUUGAACAGGCACCUCAAAAUUAGCGAGAACCUCUCCUGCGCUCGGUCCCUUCACGGCAAGGGUGUCUUCACAAAGAACGAUGGGCGCAAGGCGAUUUUCUGCUCAGUGAAAACAGGCAAAGAGUUGCUGGGAGCGCGCUUCAAAGCUGAGAGCAAAGAGUUCAUUGUGGUACAAGAUGCCCAAGGAGAAUCCUCACUGGCAAAUGGUCAAGCUGUAAUUGUAGGUAUUACCUGCCGGUCGACCCCGAUGUCGUUUAUGCGAGGCGGACGUGAAUGGAGUCAGACUACGUACCAUGUCUGGGGGAGUCCUUCCGAAUUCAACCAUGUCGCACACAAGUGCACAGGGGCUGAGAUAAUGAAACUCACCGAGAAGCCUCAACCGAUCGUUCCAUCUACUUCGACUUCGACCAAUUAUGCCUUUAGCGAUUUGACUUCGCAGAACCUGCAGCUGAAAAGUAGCGCUGUCAACGGGCAUGGAGACAGUCCUUUCAGGUACUGGUCGCCAAGCGAAGCCGAUACAGAUAUCAAUCAUGGUGAUUUGUUCACCGAGCCUCUACCUCCCACCGGGGGUAUCUUUGAAAAGCUCGGGAAUGGCAUAGACAACCCAUCAGGCUCAAAGCGGAAGGCAGAUGAGCUGAGAAACGAUGGAGACACGAUCCAUGUUGCUGUGCCCAAGAACGUUCCCGAAUCGACGAGAAUUGAUGCAAACCUCGAUCUCUCACACAGGAAGCGCCGACCUUCUGCAGCAUCAGAAGCUCAGCGCACUGUUGCCAGUCGCAGUUCGAGUCCUGAACCAACUGCAAAGCGACCGAGACCAACUGGUGGAGCACCGACAAGCCGUCUGACUGGUGAAGCAAAUUUACGAGACCUCAAUCGUUUGAGUUCCGUUACUCAAUCCAAUACAGCACGUCAAUUGAAUUCCGAUAGACGAUCUACUUGGGCAUCGGAGCUUCCGGUUCAAUCGCUAGAGCUUGGCCUUAACCGCACGCUGAAAUCGGAAACGCUAAGUACUCCCGUCGGUCAUGCCACUACUCUCGAAUUUCCGCAUGUGUUCCUAUUCAGCGACCGGGCAGGGAACAUACUCCGGAAGAAGCCAAUUAGAGUUUGCAACAAGGUCGACAUUCUGUUUGCACAUGCCAAAGCAGCCAAGAUCGCCAGCGCAGCUACGACGACGUUGUUCAUUGACAGGAAAGGGUACGAAAGGGAAGAGAUCGUGAGAGGCGAUCCAGAAGACCUCGAGAGGUUACUGAACAUCUUGCAAGAUGUUCAAGAACCGGAAGAGAUCCUAGUUCUGGCCGACACUGACUGA